AUGCGUUCCUUCGCGUGUGAGGGGAGCGAGCUUUCCCUGGCCUACAGCGAGCUGGAAUCCAUCCCCGCGGAGCUAGCCAACGGCGAGGGACCACGUGUUCGCACCCUCAAUCUCACGGAAACGGGAAUCAAAUCGCUCAAAGCGUUGGAACUCUUUCCGCGGCUCCAAACCCUCGUGCUCGACAAGAAUGCACUCGUUGGCUUGAUAGACUGUCCGCCAAUCCCCACACUGACCACCCUGUGGUUUAAUAACAACAGCAUCGUAGACUUGGUCGGUUUCAUUGACGACGUCGCUCGCCUCUUCCCGCGCAUCACCUACUUGAGCUGCAUGCGGAACCCGGCAUGCCCGGGUCUCAUGGACAUUGUGACGCCUGACGAGGAGGCGUGCAAACACUACCGCCUCUAUGUGCUCCAUCGACUCCCAAGGCUCGAAUGCCUUGACGCCGCAGACGUAAUUGGACCCGAGCGAUCCGAGGCUGCAAUUCGAGGCCAAUUCUCGAUCAAACGACGGCCAAACAAU